AGUAGACAGCUAGCUUAUCUGUGAUAAAUGAGUCAUUUGCGUUUGAUUUUGAGGUCGGCAGUUUCCCUCACGUUCAACGAUUACAGAAGACUCUCUUUUCUGCACACUUUUGAAGUUUCUUUGUAAACUUGGGUCCAUAGGUAGGCGCUAAAAACUGAGAACUCUGGAAAUUUGUUCACUGGACCUCAACGCAUACUAAUAGUAAGAUGAUCCUGCAAAUGGCUCCUCACCGAGUUCGUCUUGGCUGUACCAGUGUGUUUUAUCAUAGCGUCUUUCUUUUCCUCAUUGGUCACUUAGUUUCUCUAACAGAUGGAAACUGUGGUCACAUCAUCUUUACAGAAAGAACUGGAGAAUUAAAAACUCCAGAUUACCCAAAGACAUAUCCAAGUCAUUCAAAAUGCUCCUGGUUGAUAAAGGCACCUUCAGGAUACAAAAUCAAAUUACAGUUUUUUGAUUUUGUGCUGGAAACAAGUUAUGGUUGCGGUAGUGAUAAUGUUAAAAUUUAUGAAGGGAAGAACAGUUCUGCCACACUUAUAGGAAAGUAUUGUGGAGAUAAAAAUCCAUUUAAUGUGGAAACACCAAGAAGUUAUAUGUAUAUCACAUUCAAGUCUGACAGAUCUUUGAAUUAUCGUGGAUUCAAGGCCUCAUUUGUCAUGGAAGCAAUGAGGCCCAUAAAAUCUAUGAUUUUUAAAAGAACAUUGAUGGAUACCACUGUCAGAGUUGUUGGGCAACAGGUUAAAUUUACUUGCCAGGUCAAAGAUGGAAGUCUAAAUAUUGUUAUUUCAUGGACGAAAGAUGGAAAAAGCUUGAGUCGGAGUAAAUCAAACUUUACCAUGAUCAAAAACAGUUCUUACAACAAGAAAUCAACUCUGUUGUUGACCAGAGUGUCAAAAAAUGAUGCUGGAGAGUACAACUGCACAGUGGAGGACAUUGAUAUGGGGAGAAAAAUCUCUUCCUCUGGAAGCCUUCUUGUGAAAGAAGCAGCCAGCAUAAAAGAGGGUCCCUCUACCAUGAAUGUCUCAACUGGUGACACUGUUGUUAUGAAUUGCCAAGCCUAUGGAGAUCCCAUUCCUAGGAUAAGUUGGAAAGUCAAUGGAGAAGAAAAGACAGCAAUGGCCAUCCAAAAGAACUUCACCUCUCAGCUGAAAUUCCCAGCAGACAUAAAUGCAGUUGUGAACUGUACAGCAGCCAAUCAGUUUGGAAUGGACUCGAAAGCUACAAAUAUUGUUGUAACAGCUCCUGUGAUACUUACCACUGUGACAGAUGAUGACUCAACAACUUCUGCACCCAGCUGGUCUUCACCUGUGAUAACUAUAGUGCCAGCCAAUUUGACUGCAGAGCUGGGAGCUAAUGUGACAUUAAAAUGUGCUGCAGAAGGAGAUCCUAAACCCAAGAUCAGAUGGCUGAUAGAGGGUAAAUAUUACGAGGACUUACCAGAAGAUGAAAAUGGAGUAUCUCUCUUCACUCUAACAGUUAUUAAAGACAGGACAGCUAUCCAAUGUGAGGCAAAAAAUAAUCACAACAUCGACUCAAAGACAGCCUACAUUACAGCUGCUAAAGUUGAUGCAGCUGUGGAGUCUAAUCCAUCAUCAGGAGUUUCAACUCAGUUGACCAUUAUUUUGGUCAUGGCAUUUGUUGUGUUAGCUGUCUUGUUCAUCCUAUGUGGGGUCCUUGUCAUGAAUCGCCGUGGCAAUUUCAAAUUGAAAAACUUACCAACACCUGUUGAUUUGGAGAACUUACAAAAUAAUCCAAUAUAUGAGCAGCACACAAACUAUUAUGUCAACCCACAGCUACUGAAUUGGCAGGUAUCAAGAAACGGGAUGGAAUUCAUCAAAGAACUGGGACAUGGAAAUGGAAACUUCUCAAGCCUCUUUCUUGCCAGUGUGAAUGAAACCAAAGUGGAAAAUGACAAGGAAAGAAAAGGUCCACUCUUUAUGGUGAAAUUGCUCAAAGAAAAAUACUCUUUGGAAGAGGAUAGAAGGAACUUUGAGAAAGAUGCUAUUGCCCUGACCACAUUUAGCCACCCAUAUGUGCAAAAUUUGUAUGGUGUCUGUGUGGACAGCCCACCUCUGUGCCUUGUGUUUGAGUUUUCAGAGCAUGAUGAAUGCUUGCAGCAAUUUCUCAUUGAAUCAGGCCGUGGUCAUUGUUCAAUCCAUCGACGCACUGAUAUACAAAAUGCCAAACCAAAGCUGUCAAACAUAGAUCAGAUAUCCAUUGCCAAGCAGAUAGCAAGUGGUAUGGAAUACUUAGCAGAUAAGGGUUAUGUCCACAGAGAAUUGUGCACCAAGAACUGCAUCAUGGGCAAAGGAAUGGUAGUCAAGAUCUCAAACCUGGGUUUCUCUUGGAAAGGUCCAAAUAGUGAUUACUUCUCCUUGGGAUCCAUAGAGCGAGCUGGCUACCCUGUGAGAUGGCUCCCCCCUGAAACCCUCCAGUAUGGUGUAUUUGAAGAGGAUACUGACAUCUGGUCAUUUGGUGUUGUAUUAUGGGAGAUUUACUCUAGUGGUUUAACACCAUACUAUGGAAUGAAUGAUGAUGAAGUUAUUUCUUUGGUGAAUGGUGGAGACAUUCUUCCUUGUCCAAAAGAGUGUCCCAAAGAAAUGUAUGAAAUUAUGCAAGGCUGCUGGAAGUUGAUGCCAACUGAGAGGCCAAGGUUUAACUGCAUUCAUCACCAGAUCUCAUCACUUUUCAAUGGAGUGCCUGUGUAACUGUGUUGCUUUCCAGUAACAAUGAUUUAUUUAAGAUAAGGGCUGCAGAAAUGUUUAUGAACACCACAAUCAGAAGUUUACAACUUCUGAUUGGAAUAACACUUCUGACAAUUUGCUGUUAAUAAGUUCAUACUGAGGAACAACUGAAGAAUGUUUGUUAAAGGUUCUUUAAUUAGAUUGCAUAUGAAUACUUUGCAUAGUGUCUUAAUUAAUAAUGUCUCAGACUUGAUUUCAUUAAGUCGCAGCUUUGGGACCUGCAUGAUGAGUAAACCCACAAGUAUAAUUUUUUCUAGUUUAGAAAGUAAAUUUACCUUUCCAUUAAAAUACAUAUUUAUAUAUUUUUGUAUAUUUUAUUUCAAAAAAAUUAAGAUUGCCUGUUAUCUGUAAAUUGACUAGUUAUUGUUUGUUGACUGAUGUUGGCAGAGUUUUUGUACCUUGUUUCUAGCAUAGCUUUGUAGUAAUUAAUCACUUUGUAUGUUUUGUCAAGGGUUGAUGGACAGGUGGUAAAAGGGACCUGUUCUUUACUUAAACUGAGGUAUGAAAAUUGAAAUUUACAAGACAGUUUAAAGUGGAUGAGUAUUGAAAAGAAACUUAAACAAUGUUGCGUGUUGUAGAGUAAACAGUGGCAAAAUAGAGACUUGCAUUAUCUAAGUAUGACAUACCUAUAUCU